UGUUUUUCACUACCUGAGCGUAGUUACAGAGGAAGUUGUAUUAGCAAUAAGAAUGCCCUCGCCAGUUUUCUUUGUGAUUGUGUGUGCCAUUUCCUGCAUCACUGCUGCUGAUAAAAAGUCACCAAGACCCAGUCUGAAAACAUUCAGAGAUGAUUAUGCCACUGUUGUUAAAACAUGCGAGGCUGUUGGUUAUGUGAAAGACAAAUGCAAAACCACCAGAGGAAACGCCAUUGUAGCAUUCAGUGCCAAAGCCACAUCUUCACAAUCUAUUAGCGGUGAAACCACGGCCAAGUUCAAUAGUGUAGAUCUAAACAUAGGAGGUGGCUACAACGCCGCAAAGGGGAUCUUCACUGCACCGAAAUCUGGAGUCUAUGUCUUUGACUGGACAAUAUUGACAAAACAAAACAAAUCCGUUUUCACCGCUCUGAAGGUGAACGGCAAACGGAAUGCUUUAAGCUACUGUCAUUCUAAGAUUCAACUUCACAUGCUAUGCACUAAAAUGGCCAUUGUAAGAAUGGAAGCAGGACAAAGAGCCUGGAUUUACAGUUGGUCUGGAACCGCCGACAUUAUUGGUGAUGGGUAUUCUUCAUUUGCUGGUUUCAUGUUAUAAAUGUCAACAUGUUCACAAAAAUGAAAUAAAGAGAAAAUUUGGAAGCGCA